GCAGUGCAUUGUGGUCUGGGAGCUAAAGGAAGCUGCUGCACCGGAAUCUGAAGAAUUUGAGGUGUCCGCCAAGUCCGCUGUUCAUCGGCAGCUAGUCCCUCCGUACCUCCGUCUACGCCAUUCUCUCUGCGGACACGCUGUAAGGUUUAAACAAGGAGAAGAAAAUGUCUCAGGCCGACAAAAUGAAGCAGGGGCAGUUCACUAACCCUGAGACCCCAGGGUAUGUUGGAUUCGCCAACCUGCCGAAUCAGGUUCACCGCAAGUCAGUAAAGAAAGGAUUUGAGUUCACCCUCAUGGUUGUAGGUGAAUCUGGACUUGGAAAAUCCACCUUGAUCAACAGCCUUUUCCUCACUGACCUUUACCCUGAACGAGUCAUCCCCGGAGCAGCAGAAAAGAUUGAGAGGACGGUUCAGAUCGAAGCGUCGACAGUAGAAAUCGAGGAGCGAGGAGUGAAGCUGCGUCUCACCGUGGUAGACACACCGGGAUACGGUGAUGCUAUCAACAGCCAAGACUGUUUCAGCACCAUCAUCAGCUACAUUGAUGACCAGUUUGAGCGCUACCUCCAUGACGAGAGCGGCCUAAAUCGUAGACACAUCGUUGACAACAGAGUUCACUGCUGCUUCUACUUCAUCUCCCCACUCGGCCAUGGCCUGAAACCUCUUGAUGUCCAGUUCAUGAAGGCCAUUCACAACAAGGUCAACGUGGUUCCUGUCAUCGCUAAGGCCGACACGCUCACCCUCAGAGAGAGGGAGAGGCUCAAACGCAGGAUUCUGGAUGAGAUCGAUGAGCACGGUAUCAAGAUCUAUCACCUUCCUGAUGCCGAGUCGGAUGAAGACGAAGACUUCAAAGAGCAAACUAGGAUCCUCAAGGCCAGCAUCCCAUUCGCAGUGGUUGGAUCCAACCAGCAGAUUGAGGCCAAAGGAAAGAAGGUGAGGGGCCGCCUGUACCCCUGGGGAGUGGUGGAGGUGGAGAAUCCAGAACACAACGACUUCCUCAAGCUGAGGACCAUGCUGAUAACCCACAUGCAGGAUCUGCAGGAAGUAACCCAGGACCUGCACUACGAGAACUUCCGCUCGGACCGCCUCAAACGGGGUGGCAGGUUGUCCUCCCAUGGUUACGUUCUGCCUCUGUCUCCUGCAAAGGGACCGGAGCCGGAGGAAAUGGACAAGGAUAUGAUCCUGCAGGAGAAGGAGGCUGAGUUGAGACGAAUGCAGGAGAUGAUUGCCAAGAUGCAGGCCCAGAUGCAGAAGCAAGACGAAGGAGAUGCCCCACAUGUGUGAAAACCCUACGGUAUUUCAGCCACUGCUUGAGUUUGACCAGAGAGAUGGAAAAGGUGUGAAAGCUGUCUGGUUAUUGACUCCUACUGCUCGCCACUAUCUUUAUUUCAGUUCCACACGAGGAUCUGGAAUCGUCUUUUAUACGUACAGCAAAGUAUAUUCAAACAGUGUUAUGUUUAUGUAUUUACACACGGUUCUGUUUCUUUAUUUUUGUUUUUGUUUUUAUAGUAUCAUUUUACAACAAAACCUUUUGCCAGUUACUCAAAUGAAGUCAUGUGAGCCGUAUUUUAAAACGGCGACACAUAUUUUAUUCGGAUGUUCUGUUACUUUUUCCAUUUUAUUUUGUUACUUUUCUUUUGUUGCUAUUCAGAAAACCAAAGUAUUGCUGCUUCCAUUCAGUGACUUUUAGUCCUGAAACAUCCCUCAGAGCACGCGCUAAUGUUUGCUCAGUGAAAGAGCUUCUUUGGGAGAGCCAACUAUGGUGAAAGCUAGUAGCAGAACUUUUAUUUUAUUCUGUUGUUACACAGUUAUGUCACUAUUAUUUCUGUCAAGAGAAAACAUGAUUUUGGAGAGCCUCUGGUUAUGAGUUGACCACACAAGCUUGCCAUUAAAUAGGGUGUUAUCCUGCUCAGUGUUAGUCAUGUUAUCCCGCUCAUAUGCAUGCUACUUCAAGUAUGUCUGGUUAAAAAAAUACUCAAAUGGAAUUUCUAGCGGUGUUGAAGUCAGCUUCUCCCUUUCCUGUCUCAUCCAUUAGUGCUGUUUUAACGUCUGUGUCGCCACGUUCAACUGCCUACAAGUGUGGCCAAGCUGAUUUUAUACUUUGAUAAGAAUUAAACUGUGACCCAUAACCUCUUACAGUCUUCCUGUUCGCCUGACAAAUGAAGGACAAACGAGCGAGGCGUUGUGAGGCCUAUUUGGUGCUUUCAAUUAACAUAUUUACUCCACGUGCCCUUUCUGUUGAGUGAAGUCUUGUGACAGAAGCAGUGACUGCGUAGUGUUUGUCAAUGCGGUGAGAUUUUAGGACGUGUAAACUUCUACCUGUCCCGACUGCUGAGCGCUUUGUGGUUUCCGCGACCACAGAGAUUUAAAGGUGACCCGAUGAGGUCGAUGUAGCCGACGUUCCCCUCACCAGCCGAGAUGAGAGUUCUUGACAUUCCUCUUUGUGCUGUUUUUACCCAACAUUAAAGUACCAAAUAUUGUUCUUGAUGCUUAUAUUGUAAUAAAAGUUUUAUUAAACGUCA